ACAUAUUGGCUGCGGUGAAGACCAGGGCUAGCAUCGUGUCAACGGAAUUCACGAAACUAUUCAAGCGUCUAGAGAAGGACAGGUGGGCGAACGUCAAGAGUAAUAUCCUGAAGAUAGCCUGUCACAUACGAUCCCUGCUGCACGAAUGCAACGCAUGCGCAGCUACGCCGCCACCAAAGCUCUAUAGGCAAGAAGAGGUUGUCAUGCAUGCAUGCGCCAAGCUGGUGCACUUCAUAGAAAGCUUCGGUCCAAUCAAUGGCAGGAAGCCGGCGAAGGCGACGCUAGUGGACCACAUCAGCGCCCUCACGGGGGAGUUUCGCAAACUAAUCGACCUCAUACUCAGCAAUGAAAUACAUAAAGUCGUUCAUUGCAUCGACACGGCAGAGAACAUUGCCAGUCUGAAGUACGCAGUGAGUCGGCUCACAAAGCUAGGCCUGGAGGGAGACAACAUGUGUGCUGUCAUCGCCAAGGAGGGAGGCGUUAGGGCGUUACUCAGUGUCUGUAUGUCUGGGGAGCUAGACUUUGCCUGGGACAUGGCGCUGCGCGGACUCGCUACCAUCUGCUGUGUAGCCGACAGCAUUGCCGAGCUCGAGAAGGGUAACGGCAUCUACUGCCUGACGGAGAUACUAUUCGACCAGGCGACACCGGUGGCGCUGCGAGCGGAGGCGGCGGGUGUCGUCGCUCAGGUCACCUCUCCUCUGCUCGACCACUGUCACAAGCUGCAGGGCUUCAUGGAAAACCUCGAGGAGCUCAUAUAUUCUCUCACAGAGCUAUGUCGGGAGGCACAGAAUCCGGAGUUCUUUCUCCUCGGAGCCGCCGCCAUCGCCAACAUCUCGUUUAUAGACAACCUAGCGUGUGAAUACAUCAAGAAGUACCACACGACAGAGGUGUUCGUCGACGCCUGUCGCACGGGCAGAGCGUCUAUGAUAUUCGCCAAGGAUCAGAUCGCCACGGUGUUUGCGAACAUGGCGGCCGUGGAGAGAUGCCGGUGUGAGAUUGUGGAGAAGGGAGGAUUGGAGCUUCUCAUGCAGCUGCUGCAGGAGAGACCAGGCGUGCAGCAGAGAGCCACGCAGAAGGUGGCGUGCGAGCGCGUGCUGCAGAAGUCUGCGAUCGCUCUCACGAGGCUGAGCUGCAUGGAGGAGAUAGCAGCCGAGAUUGUUCAGCUGACAGGUAUGAAUGCCGCCAUACGCCGCAUCACGUCCGCCUGCAACAUGCCCAGCUUUGACGACCCCAACAUCCGCGACCUCGUCGAGCUGCGGCUCAUUGACGCCUACAACAUCUGCUCGGGCCGCCAGGGGGAGACACUCGUCAUCAGCAACGAGAACUUCACGCAGGCGGCGCCACCGUCGCGACCGCGUGCCCGUCGCCGCCGACCGAACGCGACAAGGACGACGACGACGACGACGACCGCCAGGUGGCGCACGAGAGCAGCGACGAGUACGAGCUGA